AUGGCUCAAAAUCCGUUUGAAGUGCUUCCUUCUGAAAUCCUAGAUUCCAUAGUUGACCUUGUCGUAUCAGAGUAUGAUCCAUAUUCACUUGAGUAUCAUUUAGUAUGUCUCCGACGACGUGAUCUGCUACGGAUAGCCUAUUCGUGCAAAUGUCUGUGUUUUCCUUCUCUACGAAAAUUCUGGGCCAACAUCUUCGAUGGGUCGUUUCACAUGUCAGCCCUGGAGGUUUUAUUGGUUUCAUUACCAAGGGACGUUAAGCAGUCUUUAGGAAUUUAUGCUUUGGUCCCUGAGACGACAUUCAUGGAAUAUUGCCAAUGCAUAAGAUCUGUUUCAUUGGAAGCGCUAUUUUCUAACAUCCAUAGAUGGUUAGAGAAACACCAAUCCAGAGGUUCUCUAAUUUAUAAUACGCUUGAAAUGCGGAGAGAAGUUGCUCGGGAACUGCUUCGACAGUUUAAGACUUGUACUAAGCCUAUUGAGAAGCUUCGAUGCGUCGGAUUUCAUCAGAAUCCGGCGUGGAUAAUUAAUUAUCAACUUGUUCUUGAACCUGAGUUUGCUCAGUGGAUUGGCAAAAUAACCAUCUUAGUUAUUCGGGGGCCGUUUAAUUCUGUAGCUCUAAUUAACGGACUGGCGAGGAAUUGUAAAAACAUUUCCAAGCUUGUAUUUAGCUUUUAUUGUUUCGGCACAGAUCACUUUGCCGAAAUCAUGCAGGCAGCCUUGAGACUUAUAAACAUCCAACCCAAACUCAAAUGCCUUGUCUGGAAUGGUACUUACGGAAUGCAAAAUAUUUCUGGAGACGAUCCGAGUCCCGUUCUCGAAAUUUUACCCAAACAUGCUGGAACGCUUACUUGUCUCCGAUUUGAGCAAAUGGACUUCUCGCUUAUCCAGUCGUUAGAAAAUCUGGCAGCGUGUUAUAAUUUGGAAAGUCUUACUUUCGAACGCUGCAGAAACAUCAGUUAUCAAGCGGUCCAACCAAUGAAUCAAGGGCUUGAAAGGCUGAGAGAAAUCAGAUUGCUCGAGUGUCAGGAUUUUGAUCCGAUGGAAACAUUUGCAAACGAAAGAGGUAUUCUAGUACUUCCUCCAGGAGUUAUAUUCUAA